GAUAAUAAUCUUAAUGGCACUGGCGAAAGGUACGUCGCGGAUCAAAGUCGGAGACGAGGAGCUCACCUGUCACACGGACACUGCUAUGCAGGUGGCGAAGAUAAUGUUGGGUAAACGUGGACUUCGUUUCAAUUUAUCAAGAAACGCCGAAGACGGGGGCGCCGGGUCCUACAUCCUGGAAUGCCAGGGAUGCGGAUUGAUUAACGACAGUCUGGUUAAACAUUGACCAUAUGUUACUUAAUAAUUUAUCGUUGCGCUUGUGAUUUACGAUUUCGAUGCAAGUAUCACGUAAGCCGACCAAUUGGCUUUCCGUUUUGAUUUUUACGUUACGAAUAAAUUGUAACAUGGACGUACAUUAA